AUGCCAGAAGUUUAUCUGAACUCAGACAUGCUGAAUCAAUUGAAUUCGACAGUGCAGGAAUACUUGGCAGAAUGGGUGAAAAAACAGCAGUCGUUGCUCAAUAGUCAGUCUCAGAUUGUGGUUACUCAGAUCCAGGGCAACCCCAAGACGGCCGCUACGACAUCCAUAUUGGCUGGACUGUUUACGUUCUAUGUCUUUUACAAGCUGUUGUGGGCCAAUUCUGUGUCUGAAGACUAUAAGCCAGUGAAAUUCUCCGUUCCUGUGCCAGAUGCUGCUCAGACUCAUUGGAAAGGCAAGAGACUGCAUCCUACCAGCGUAUUUGAUCCUACGAAACCGGGCACUAUUCAGGCUUACUGCCCGGCGACUGGACAAUAUCUGGGUUCGUUUACUUCCAAGACUUGCGAUGACGUCGACAACAUGAUCUCGAAAGCCUCCAAGGCCCAACAAGAAUGGGGAACAUCUUCUAUGAACAGAAGGUUGAGAAUUUUGGCAUCUCUGCAGGCAUACGUGCUGCAAAACCAAGAGCUCAUCGCUCAUGUCGCCUGCAGAGAUUCAGGUAAGACUAUGCUAGACGCCUCGAUGGGUGAGAUUCUUGUCACGUUGGAAAAACUACAAUGGACAAUCCAGCAUGGCAGUAACGUCCUACAGCCCUCGAGGCGUCCAGGACCUACGAAUUUCUUCAUGAAAUUUUAUAAGGGCGCCGAGAUUCGUUACGAGCCUCUGGGUCUUAUCAGCUCUAUUGUCUCAUGGAACUAUCCCUUCCACAAUUUGAUGGGUCCUGUCAUCGCUGCUUUGUUCACCGGUAAUGCUAUUGUUGUCAAGUGCUCUGAACAGGUCGUUUGGUCCUCUGAAUUCUUUAUUGGUGUGGUUCGGAAAUGUUUGGAGGCUUGCGGUGAAGAUCCAGAUUUGGUUCAACUAUUUUACAGUCUGCCACCAUCGGACUCGGAUGAUACAGCAAAUUACUUCACUUCGCAUCCUUCCAUCAAACACAUCACCUUCAUUGGUAGUCAGCCUGUCGCGCACCAUAUAUUAAAGUGCGCAGCAGCCUCCUUAACUCCAGUGGUAGUCGAACUAGGCGGUAAGGACGCCUUCAUCGUUCUUGAUUCCGCUAAGGAUCUUGAGGCUUUGUCAUCCAUUAUAAUGCGUGGUACGUUUCAAUCAUCCGGUCAGAAUUGUAUUGGUAUCGAGAGAGUGAUUGUAAGCGAAAAUAAUUACGACGCUCUGGUCAAUAUACUCAAUGAACGCUUGACAAACAACCCAUUGCGACUAGGUUCUGAUAUUGAUCACCUCGAGGACGUUGAUAUGGGCGCAAUGAUCUCCGACAAUAGAUUCGGCCAAUUGGAAGGACUGGUUAAAGAUGCAGUCUCUCGUGGUGCACGUCUACUAUAUGGUGGUUCACGUUACAGUCAUCCAAACUAUCCACAAGGUCACUAUUUUGAACCCACUCUACUGGUCGACGUGACUCCAGAUAUGGAAAUUGCACAGAACGAAGUUUUCGGUCCUAUCCUGGUUGUUAUGAAAGCCAGAGACACUGAGCAUUGUAUCCAAUUGGCCAACUCGGCUCCAUUUGGUCUAGGUGGUUCAGUUUUCGGUAGUGAUACUAAGGAGUGCAAUUACGUGGCCAACAACUUGAAAACAGGUAACGUUGCAAUCAAUGAUUUUGCUACUUUUUACGUCUGUCAAUUACCCUUUGGUGGUAUCAACGGCUCUGGUUAUGGUAAAUUCGGUGGUGAAGAAGGACUUCUCGGUUUGUGUAAUGCCAAGAGUGUUUGUUUCGAUACGCUACCUUUCGUAUCCACACAGAUUCCCAAGCCGUUGGAUUAUCCACUACGGAGCAAUAGGAAGGCUUGGACUUUUGUCAAAAGUUUUAUCACUGCUGCCUAUGCCAUGUCAACCUGGCAACGUGUGAAGUCCAUUUUCACCUUGGCCAGGAACGCUAAUUGA